GAGGGGCUGGCGGGCUGUCGCCAUGGGCUUCGGCGACCUUAAGUCCGCCGCUGGCCUCCAGGUGCUCAAUGACUUCCUGGCCGAUAGGAGCUACAUCGAGGGGUACGUGCCCUCGCAGGCCGAUAUCGCCGUGUUCGAGGCCAUCGCCGCCCCCCCGCCCGCAGACCUGUGCCAUGCGCUCCGCUGGUACAACCAUAUCAAGUCCUACGAGAAGCAGAAGGCCAGCUUGCCAGGUGUAAAGAAGGCCCUGGGAAAAUAUGGUCCUGCUGAUGUGGAAGACACAACAGGGGCAGCCACAGACAGCAAAGAUGAUGAUGAUAUUGAUCUCUUUGGAUCUGAUGAUGAGGAGGAAAGUGAGGAAGCAAAGAAGUUAAGGGAAGAGCGCCUGGCCCAGUAUGAGUCUAAGAAGUCCAAAAAACCAGCUGUUAUUGCAAAGUCAUCAAUCUUGCUUGAUGUGAAGCCUUGGGAUGAUGAGACAGACAUGGCCAAGCUAGAGGAGUGUGUUCGGAGCAUUCAAGUAGAUGGCUUGGUCUGGGGAUCAUCCAAGCUAGUACCAGUUGGCUAUGGUAUCAAAAAGCUUCAGAUUCAAUGUGUUGUUGAAGAUGACAAAGUCGGAACAGAUAUGCUGGAAGAAAGAAUAACAGCUUUUGAAGAUUAUGUACAAUCAAUGGAUGUAGCUGCUUUCAAUAAAAUUUAAAUCUUGGUAUAUCUAGAAUAAAUGUAAUGGCAAAAA